AUGACGUGCACUCACGCGGCUCUCCGCCGCAACGAACUCGUCAAACUGGGCUUCCGCUACGACAACAUUGUGAUGGAAGAGGCGGCGCAAAUCCUCGAAGUCGAAACUUUCAUCCCCUUGCUGCUCCAGAACCCCCAGGACGGACACAAUCGUCUGAAACGGUGGAUCAUGAUCGGCGACCACCACCAGUUGCCGCCCGUCGUUCAAAAUCAGGCAUUCCAGAAGUAUUCGAACAUGGAACAGUCGCUGUUCGCCCGAUUAGUCCGUCUGAGUGUGCCCAACGUUCAGUUGGAUCAGCAGGGACGUGCCAGAUCUCAGUACGUCUUUUUUAUGAGAAAAAAUGAAAAUCUAUAGGGUUUCCAGGCGAAAGUUUGAUUGGAAAUUCUCAAUUUUUGAGUAAUCGACAGAAAAAUUUAGUUUUUGCUUUGAAAAAAGCUGAAAACGUCUAAUGAGACAUAGUUGUGCUGAAUUUUCGAAAAUUGUCAUUGAUUUUUCCAAAAAUUCCCUUCAAAAAUUCGUAAUUGUGUCUCUGGUCGAUAAACUUUGAGACGCUGCCAAUUUGGAGGCGAAAACUGAUAAGAUAAAGACGGAAAUGUUGCCAAUUUCGCCCAAUUUUCAGAAUCGCUCAGCUCUAUCAGUGGCGCUACAACGGACUCGGAAACUUGCCGCACGUCGAAUCGCUCCCGCAGUUCCAGGUAAUCACUCUUAAUUAUUAUUUCAAACUUUGGAAACAUUUAGACUUUUUUUAACGUUUUUCAGAGUUUUAGAGUAAUUUAGAUGCAUUUUCAAGCAGUUCUCUGCUUUUGAAAGUCUCCUGUUAUUUUUCCGCUCAAUUUAUCCUAUUUUGAGCAUCGCUCAAAGCUCUAGAGCUCAAAAAAGUGAGCGGCAAUCAGAUUGCAUCACAUUUCCUCAGUUUGUCCACUUUUUGUUGCGAAACCGUCCUCUGCCGGCCUUUUGCACCGCCUUUUCCCGUUCGGCCGGCGGAAAUGUGAGCGCCACGUUGUUUCGAGGCGCAGACGAACAGACGAAAGAGGAUUUUACGAGUUUUGCGCCCGACCGAAGUUUCGUCGUUUCGUUUAGGCCUUGUCAAGGCCAAGAAAUGGGCAAUUAGUCGCGUUUUCUAGAAAAAUCUUUAAUAGUAAGUUUUAUGAAAUUUGAGCGAAUUUUCCAUUUCCGAACUAUUAAACAAUUGCACACAAUUUAUGGGAAUUUGUAUUGUUUUUUAAGAAUCAAUUUGUAUCGAAAAUCGUUAUUCUGCCAUAUAAAUCUAGUAUUCGGAUUGAUUCGACCUGAUUUCUCUGAAAAUACACAUAUAUUUGCUUGUAGAAUGCCAACGCCGGCUUCGCGUUCCCGUUCCAACUCAUCGAUGUGCCCGACUUCAACGGACAAGGAGAAACUCAGCCGAGCCCGCAUUUCUAUCAGGUGAAAUCAAGUUUUUCGCACAAAAAACUGAGAAAACCCACUAUUUUUGCCAUAAAAACACUCGACAUUCUUCGAAUUGUAGAAUCUCGGAGAAGCGGAAUACGCGGUGGCACUGUACACGUACAUGCGAAUCCUCGGAUAUCCGGCCGAGAAGAUCUCGAUUCUGACGACGUACAACGGACAAGCGCAGCUGAUUCGAGACGUGUGCCAGAGGCGUUGCGAGACGAAUCCGCUCAUUGGAAUGCCCGCAAAGGUGAGCAUCUAGGAUGGAAUUUGGGCGAAAAUAUGUGAAAACCUCAGAAACUCUAGAUUUUUCGCCGAAAUUUACCCUUCCUCUGAGCAAAAUCGAGUAGAAUGGUGUUUGAGCCGAGAUUUGAUGGGUUUAUUGGCCUGCAUAAGUGACAAGUAUGUAGCGGAAGAGAGAGAGUGAAGAGAAGAAGUCGGUGGAACCGAGAAGGAGCGAAGAAGCUGCUAAAUUGUAUCAAAAAUACGCAUUUUGAUAUUAGUUCUUCAAAACAUUCAAUAGGAACCCAUCAUUUUAUGAUCCAAUCGGUGUGGUUCGCACUUUGGCCUCGAAUUUCUCUUCUUCCGCUAGACAUGGUACUUUUUUGAUGUGAUUUACGACCUGGAGGUGUAAAUACGCGUUUCGAGGUGCGACCAUCACCAAAGCCAAACUUUAGCAUUGGGUAACAGUUCAUUUUUCUGAAAUCAAGGUGAAAUCAGGAAAUUUCAGGCAUUUCAACCAAUUUUGAACUGGAAAAUGAAACUUUGAACUUUAAAAAAAAGCGUUUCUUUUAGAAUUUCACAAGUCAAAAUUUUUUGGUUUUAUCCCAAAAAUCAAACAUUUCUAUCAUAUUUCAUUCGAAACUGGAGAAUAAUUUUCAAAUUGGAAUUGGAAACUGCAAACUAAACUUUUUCAAAACUUAAAGUUAUUGAAUACAAAAAACGCGGGAUGUUCUCAUAACAAUUUAAAUUUUCACACUAUUUUUGCAGGUGUCAACAGUGGAUAAGUAUCAAGGACAACAAAACGACUACAUAAUUCUGUCGCUGGUGAAAACGCGCAACAUCGGACACAUCCGCGACGUGCGCCGUCUGAUCGUGGCCCUUUCGCGUGCCCGUCUCGGUCUCUACGUGCUCGGAAGAGCCAAAGUGUUCAUGGAUUGUCUCGAACUGACGCCCGCCAUGCGCAUCUUCGCCCAAUCGCCGCGCAAACUGAUCCUGCUGCCGUUCGAACCGUUCCCGGCGCAGAGGAAGCUGACCGAACGGUCAAAGGACGGAGAACCGAUGGAAAUCGAGGACACGCUGCACAUGACUCACUUUGUGCACGAGUUCUACAUGAGCAACGUCGACGGAAUGAGAGCCGCCUACGAGGAGGCCAUCGAGCAGUACAUGGAGACGCAGCGAGUGCUCAACCCCGUAAUUCCAGAGGUUUGUUUGAGCAUUUUCAGGAAAAAUUCUCAAAAUGGCCCUAACUCACCUUCUUUUCCAUUUCAGGAAGAUCAAGUGGAGACGGAAGAGCAAAAAAGACAUCGCGAAAUGGUGGAACGAAAGAAGAAGCAGGAAAUGGACGACAAGAAGGAGGCGGACAUUUUAUUCGAGGAUAUGGACCACGAGAGACAGGAAAAUCCGCUCGGAGGAGCUCUAAGUGCUCCAGAAGUCGUUCCAGAUGCGCCGGAAGGAGCUCAAUAA